AUGGAAACCCCAUUUGAGGAAUGGAAAUUUAUUGAAGAACUGGCAGCAAAUCAGCAUGACUUCAUCAGAACACCAGUCAGUGCUGACUUGUGUGGAACAGCAAUUUUUGGCAUCCUCCUUGACUAUCCUGUGAUAUAUCAUUAUGAUAUGGCCUCAUUCAAUGGGAACAUGUCAGGAAUCCCUCUCAAUGUCUACACGGCAGCAGCUGAAUUUGUGAAAAAUGCCCAUGACAAGCAGCCAUUGUCUGCAAAACUCUUCUCCUUCAGUGUACCUAAAGCCUUGGAUGGAUACAAUGACUCCAUCAGCCCUUGCGCUCUGAAAAGUUACAUCAUUUUGAAUGGAGAAGAGAGUGCUGAAGAGGCAAGAGGAAUCUUUCAGGAGGUAUUGGCCUUGAACCCAGGGUCAUUAAGAGCCUUGAGGGCAUUGGAAUCAACAUCUAACUUGUUAGUAUCACGCUGGCACUUUCCCAUGCUCAAUGAUGAGAGAAGGAACUCUUUGUACCGGGAUGCCAUUGAUGCUGCCCUGAAAAGUGGGGUUCAGUCUGUUUUGGAUAUUGGCACAGGGACUGGAUUUCUGAGCUAUUUGGUCUGGAGAUCAAAUCCAGCAGGAGUGUAUGCAUGUGAGAUGAAUACCACCAUGUACAAGAUUGCAAGUGAGGUUCUUAAGAAGAAUAAUGCUGAUGUCCAGCUGAUUCCCAAAAAGUCCACUGAUUUGCUCAUCCCUGAUGACUUGCCUGAGAGGGUGGACUUAGUCAUCUGUGAAAUCUUUGAUGCUGGACUACUUGGAGAGGGUGCACUGGAGACAUUAUCCCAUGCAUGGGAGAAUCUCAUCAAUCCAUCUUCCAAUUCUAGAGUGAUUCCCUCAAGUGCAGAUGUUUUUCUUGCCCUUGUCGAAAGCCCUGAUAUUGCUCAGAGUUCAUGUGGGAAGAAGACCUGCCUGCUCAAGGAAGAACCAUAUGAUUCAGAGGUGUUAUCUUCACUGCCCCGUGGUUUCCGAAUUCUUUCAACGCCAACUGUCAUUCUGCAUCUGAACUUCUGUGAUCCUGAAGAACUAGUGCAGAUUGUGAAGAAUGGGAAAAAGAGUUUGGUUGAUAUUGAGCUCAAGGUGUCUGGUGUCCCCCAUGCUGCUGUGAUAUGGUUUGAUCUGCAUCUGAAUGAGCACCUCACAAUAACAACACAUCCCAGUGAUUCUGGGUGCUGGGAACAAGCAAUUUUUCCUCUGGGGAGUAUUGACCCAGUUCUGCAAGGAAAUGUUCUCACACUUGCCAUAGAUGUGUGUGAUUACAUUUCAGUUGAGUUGGCAUCAGAGCCAAAUCCUAGGCUUACACCUUUUCCAUCACCACAUCUCAAAGUAAUUAAUGAUGACCUAUAUUUGGGCCAGAUUCAACUAGAGUUGAAGCAACUUCUUGGAGACCUGAAUCAAGGAGACAUCAAGAUACUUGACCUACAUGACUUCCCUGUUGCUGCCAUUGUUUUGAAGGAAUGUGGCCUGAAAUCACCUUGCACUGUGUAUACUGUGGAAACUUUGUGUGAAAAUGUGUAUGGAGAAGAUGUGAAGGUGAUCAGUUCAGAACAGGCCAAACAAGAACGUGCCAACAUUGUGUUCCAUGACCCGAUUUCAAAAGAUGGAACACUCAAUCCUUAUGUGCUGUCAUUGCUUCAACAGUUUCCAAAAGAAACUAAAUUCCAGCCAAGCCAUGUGGAAGCCUGGGGUUAUCUCUUUGAAAGCCAGAGGUUGGAAGAGAUGAGUCGUCUGGUGUCGGAUGAGCGGACACUUGGAUAUGCUGUUGCUGAAUUUCUCAAUCGAUUCAGUGUCUCUUAUCAUGUGGACUUGCAUGAAUCAACAUUGCCUAAACUAAGAUGCAGUGAUGAUUUUUACAUCUGUGAUAUCUUUCCCUGCUUAGAUUACUCUGGUGUAGAUGCAAUCACAGUAACUACUUCUGGCUCAGCAGUUGGAAUCAUGGUGUUCUUUAGACUUUGCUACUCUUCAGGACUUUUAUGCACUAAGGAUGUGGGACAUCACUGGAAACAUAUGUGCUGUCUCUUUCCUGAGCCUACAAAGGUUGUGCAGGGAACACAAGUGGGUGUGUUGUACAAGGUGUCCCAGGGUGAAAUCUACUUGGCCAUCCAAUAA